AUGCCUCAGAUCCCCGGCUUGUCCUCGUCGUCGCAACCUCGGAACGAACCUGAAUCCCAAGAGUCCGACCCGCACGUUCCCGCUUCCAUACCACCAUGGACACACCUCAACUCGAGCGCCAGCGACGAGAAGGCUCCCUUCCUCCCGAACCACAACAUCGUGCCAAACACGCGGCAUUACAAACCUCCACCGAAAUACGAGGUCGGUCGAAAAUGGGACAAAUACCGUGAACAUGAGACGGCGUUGAUCUCCGCGCCUAUCCCCGACCACCAGACGCGAUGGAUUCCGUUCAUGCAGUCGGGCCCCAACCCGCAGGAGACGAGAGAAGAUGGCAUCGUACGACCACAGAGUUGGAUGGAGGCAAACAUGCCCGUGUGCGCGCAAAAGUGGGAGGAAGAGGACGAUUUGAGAGUGGAUGCGCAAGGGGAUGGGUUGAAGGGAUUCACCGGGUUGAUGUACAGAGGGAAAUGGCUCAUCAGUCCAGAGAGACAAGAGAAGACCGUGAGGAUAUUCUGGGUGAGUAUCGAGACUCCUAGAAUUGCGAGGAUUUGCUCUACCGCGCGGAAGCUGACGGAUGCCCAUGCAGAGGUUACUUCUGAAGAAUGCCUUCGUCCCUCUAGGGUUUCGCAUAACAGUCCUCGCCUACUCCGCUGCAGGUCUCGGCAUAGGCGCCACCAUCCUCAGAAACGUCAACCACGUGAACGACGACCUGGACCCCAACAACCAAUGCGCGACGCAAGCAUCGACAUACAUGGCCAUCAUCGUCGGCGCAGUCGCCAUGCCCUACGUCGGAUACGUGACCUACGAUGAGUACUUUAACAAACCGUAUGCACUCCACCCAAAAGCACAAGCACUCCCCGACCAUCGAAUAACCAUCUCCUAACUAACGCAAACCACAGUCUCGGGCUCCGCUCCGUCAACAGAAAAAUGUUCCUCCUCCUCUCCGAUCUCUACUUCAUCGUCUUCUCGGCCAGCAAUCUCACACUCGCACUCAACGCCCUUCUCGAUCAAAGCUGGGCCUGCUACGAUGAGUCGUACGAGGAUAUCGGCAGUAUCUCCAUCCCAGUCCCGCGAACGUGUCCCAACAACGCGUCGAUCUGCUCGAAACAGAGAGCCCUCUCCGGGGUGUUGGUGGUCUCGCUGGUGGCGUGGCUGUUGUGUUUCAGCAUCAGUGUCUUGAGGGUAGUGGAGAAAUUGAGGUUGGAAUAUUAA